AUGUCUACACUCAACAAACUGGAUAGAUACAUCUAUAACCUAGAGCCCAGGACUUUAGAGUCAUUGGAGUUGCUAUACUUUGAUUCAGCGACUUCUGAAAUUUGCAAACCGGUCCACGACGAAAACGAGAUCAGAUCCUCGUUUAGAAGCCUCAGCAUUUCAUCUGAAUCAACUACUUUCAUUCCAAAACAGAACCAGGACACUUCGUACUACAAAUCUGAUUUAUACAGAUACAAUUUGAAACGCUCGCUCAAUAACCUCGAGCCUCUUUCCGAGGGCCAGUUCGAGGAGUUGUUGGAGAAGCAGUCGAUUGAGAGUUUAUCUGGCUCAGAGUCUGAAUCAGAUGAAGGCGAAGCAAAUGAAGAGAGUAAAAAAGUAGAAUCGUUAAUGAAGAACUUAACUGUACAAUCUCAGACCCAGUAUCCGCAAGAAGAGGAACAAGAAUCCACCGUGAGUUUCAUGAAUACCAAGAAUCCAUACAUAUUGUUUGGGUCUUCAUUACUACCACAAGGGAAAGCCUUUGGAAUCUAUAAGUCUCUCUUUACAGAGUCACAGUUGGUCAAUGGGCCACUUGAAGAACUUAAGAAUCUUUCUAGUCUAGCCAACAAGACUUCUGCCUUGUUUAUGAUUGGAGGUGGCCAUUUUGCAGGUGCCAUUAUUUCGCAUACUCCCAUGAAUAUAAAGGGGAAUGCCAAAAACUUCCUGGAAAGCAGAGAAGAACAAGCUGUAAAUGUCGUAGUUUCCAAGACCUUCCAUAGAUACACCACCAGAAGGAAGCAGGGUGGCUCGCAAAGUGCCAGUGACAAUGCUAGAGGAAAAGCCAACUCUGCCGGUUCCAGUAUCAGACGUUAUAAUGAGCAGGCUUUGAUUAAAGAAGUUAGAGAGUUGCUCGUGGAAUGGAAGUCCUAUUUAGACAAAUGUUCUACUAUUUAUAUCAGAGCCAAUGGGGCAAGUAACAGAAAAAUUUUGGUAGGUUAUGAAGGAUGUGUUCUCAGAAAUGAGGAUUCUCGUUUGAGAUCGUUUCCUUUCACUACAAAGAGAGCUACGACUUCCGAAUUGAAAAGGGCUUGGGUUGAAUUGACUUAUUUAGCCGUUGCUGAUCUUCCCAAAGUCCAGAAGAAAAUUGCUAAGGAGAGAUCUGCUACUCCUUCAAAUAUAGACGAUGAAAAGGAUGACCGAACUCCUGAACAAAUUGAAGAUGAAGAUCGCACAAAAGAGUUGAUAGUACUAUUGAAGAAACAAAAGGCUCCCAAAAUGAUUAGUUACUUGAAACAGAACAAGAUCGAUGUGAAUGCCUUUAAACUUUCACCAGAAAUCAAAUACGCCAAUUAUCCUACACUUUUGCACUACGCUUCAGCAAAUGGAUUGCUGCAUAUGGUCCUGGUCUUACUUGUUAGUUCACAAGCAGAUCCAACUAUUCGAAACAAAUUCGACAAGACAGCAGCAGAAAUAGCCAGCGAUGAGAAUACAAGAAGAGCUUUCCAAACAGCAAGACUAAAACUAGGCGAAGACCGCUGGGAUUGGACUUCCAGUAAAGUUGCUGAAGCAAAAUCAAAGGAAGACUUUGAAAAAGAAGACGAGCUAGAGGACGAAAGAAUCAAGGCUGAAAAACAGAAUUUGAUCAAAGAACAGCUCGCACAGAAGACAGAGUUUGAAUUGAAACAACCCAAAUUCUCGUCAGGUGGAAGACUCGGUAUUUCCACCAAUAUAGCAAGCGACUUAUCUGGUCUCUCUGGCGAACAGAAGAACAGAAUCUUGAGAGAGCAAAGGGCCAGAGCAGCAGAAGCCAGAUUCAAAAAGUUACAGAGCAGCUAA